UCUGCCGGAAGAUCAACUUAACCAAGAACACGAUCGGUGUCGAAAGAGAAGUUGUUCAAAACGGACAGUGCAAUUAGAUGACAAUAUGCCACCGAUUUUAGGGUACUGGGCAAUCAGAGGGUUGGCUCAGCCUAUUCGACUGCUGUUAAAUUAUGUUGGAGAAGAAUUUGAAGAUGUGAAAUAUGAGCAAGGCGACCCUCCACAGUACAGCAGAGAGGCUUGGAACAGUGUGAAGCCCACCCUUGGCUUGCCAUUCCCAAAUCUUCCAUAUUACAUUGAUGGUGAUAUGAAAAUAACUCAGAGCAAUGCUAUUAUGAGAUACAUUGGCCGAAAGCAUAACAUGUUGGGCAGCAGUGAAAGAGAAAAGGUCCGUGUUGACAUGAUGGAAAACCAGGCCAUGGAUUUCCGUAACAACGUUGUUCGAUUGUGUUACAACCCUGAAUAUGAAAAGCUCAAGGUUAACUAUUUUAAGAAUUUGCCACUUUUGUUGAAGCAAUUUGAAGAGUUUCUUGGUGAUGAUCCAUGGUUUGGUGGUAAGAAUAUUACAAUUGUGGACUUCCCAAUGUAUGAACUGUUUGACCAACAUAAGCUGAUGGAAUCCACAAGCCUGGACAAUUUCCCAAAGUUGUGCGCAUUCAUGAAGCGAUUUGAGGAACUACCCAAUAUUAAGAAAUAUAUGAGCUCUGACAAGUUCAUGAGUCGACCUGUUAAUAAUAAGGUUGCACAGUUCAAAUGCAGUAUUACAAGUUCAGCAAAGCCAGAACAGAAUAUAUGAUGUCUGCUUCGUGUUGUGACCCAUGCUUUCAUUCGUUGGACAUUUUUUUUUGUUUAGUUGUUGUCUUUGAAAACAGUGAUUGCAAUAGCUGUUAUUUUAGCCAAAGCAUUCUCAGCUUUAUUAAAGUUCACCAUAUUUUCUUUUUAAUGUAUGGAUGCGUACUUUUGUUUCAUGUAGGCUGACAGGAGGUUAUAGAGAUUUGCUUUUGGAACUACAAUGCAUUACAGCUAUAUUGUAGCAUCUGUACACUUUCAUACCAUGCUUUUCUAUACAAAAUGGCUGGUCCUAAGAAGGAUAGGAAUGACGUACUCAGUUGACUAGUUCUUUAAGUGAUAUAAAAGCUAUCCUUUGUUCAGUUUUGUUGACAAGUUUUAUACCCUUUUUAUUUUGUAAGUCUACAAUUGUGAUGUUUUGUAAAAUGUGUAUACAUGUAGUGUUGCCUAUACUGUAGUGUAACCCUUUGGCUUUGUCUUUACCUCAUUAGUCAUUUGUACAUGGCAAAGUGUAUAUGCCAUGAAGAUUCUGUCCAAAAGGUAUAUGUACCACAAUAGCUCUGCCGAAGUUCUCCGCAAAUGCACUGAAUACCUGUUUUGUUUUGUUUUGUUUUGAUUUUGAUUAAGUACAUUCAUGGUAAGAAGAAAAGUAAUUUUCAAAGAGUGAUUCACUUCUGGCUUACCUAGGGUUGGGAUUAACAUCCAGAAUGAGAUUGUUAUCGCCAUUCUUCUAAAGGGCAUUUAUCACAAGAAUGUGAAAUAAAGGUGAUGCAAUUA